CGAUUAUUCGUUCUUUUCUUUUUGAAUCUUGUUGAAACCUAGGGUUUCGGGUUCAAAAGCAACCUAUCUGCUUUUCGUUUGAAACUCUUUCUCGAACUCAGUUUGGGUUGAUUGUAGUUGGUCAUGGAUGCACAGAGAGCUUUGUUAGAUGAGCUCAUGGGAGCAGGGCGUAAUCUUACUGAUGAGGAGAAAAAGAAUUACAGAGAAGUAUGCUGGGACGAUAAAGAGGUCUGUUGUUUUUACAUGGUUCGGUUUUGCCCUCAUGAUUUGUUCGUCAACACUCGAAGUGAUCUUGGACCGUGCCCUAGAAUUCAUGAUCAGAAGCUGAAAGAGAGUUUUGAGAAGUCCCCCAGACAUGACUCUUAUGUGCCCAAGUUUGAAGCUGAACUUGCUCAGUUUUGCGAGAAACUGGUCCUAGACUUGGAUAGAAAGGUUAGGCGUGGUCGGGAUCGCCUGGCCCAGGAGGUCGAAGUUACUCCCUCUGCUCCAAUCUUGAGUGAGAAGCCUGAGCAGCUAUCUGUGCUGGAAGAGAAUAUAAAGAAUUUGUUGGAGCAAGUAGAGACCCUUGGUGAAGCAGGCAAGGUGGAUGAAGCUGAGGCACUCAUGAGGAAGGUUGAGAUACUGAAUACUGAGAAGACAAUCUUGACUCAACAACCACAGAAUGAGAAAGUCUUGAUGCAUACACAGGAGAAAAAGAUGGCAUUGUGUGAGAUAUGUGGUUCUUUCCUUAUAGCAAAUGAUGCUGCAGAGAGAACACAAUCUCAUGUGACAGGAAAGCAGCAUAUUGGUUAUGGCAUGGUCCGGGACUUCAUUAACGAGUUUAAGGUAGCUAAGGAGAAAACGAGGGAAGAGGAAAGACUAGCAAGGGAGAAAGAAGAAGAAGAACAGAAAAAGCAGGAAAAGGAAAAGGAAGAUGAGAGUAGAGGUAGAGGAAGGAGUUCAGGAGAGAGAAAUAGGUACCAUGGUCGGGACCGAGACGGAGAGCGGGAUAGAUACCGAGAACGGGAAAGAUCUCGAGAUUGGAGUGGCAGGGAAAACCGAGAUGGGCGGAGGGGGGAUUCUAAGCACAACAAUUACCGGGAUGGAAGAGAUGGGGGAAGAGACAGAUACCGUGACAGAAAUGGAAAUGUGGAUAUGCCAAGAGAAAGGGGUCGGGGUAGGAGCAGAUCACGUUCCCCGCUUACGCAUGGUCACAGGAGAUCUUCAAGAAGUCCAAUCCGCCAAUAGUAGUGGCUAGUGUAGAUAGAUGAUUGAUCUUUUGGUACCAAAUGAGGUAGACCUUUUCUAUAACCUUAUAAUGUGCACUUUGUAGUCAACUGAAAAUCUCAUCAUGUGUGAAACUCUUUUUUGCUAUCUCACAGCUCUAUUGUUCAUUACCAUCUCCCUAUCAAUUGAUAUUUUAAGAGGGCAAAAAGGUUGAGGUAGGUAUAUUUUAUUGUUGCAACUUUUCCUAAUAUUCAGCUUUAGAUUUUUGUUGAACUAAAUCUUUGUUUUUUUUUUUUUACGCAUCAUCUCUGGCCAUUGUUUUCAGAGCAUCUUUUGUUGGGUCCUUUUGGGUUAUCAUAUUCUCAGAUUAAUUAAGAUGACAAGGUCCC